AUGCAGAACCGGGGUGAUCUCGGUCCGUUGGGUGUUCCGCAACCUCAAGAAAAGUCUUGUGAACGAUGUCGCAAUCUGAACCUGGAAUGCAUUGUUGAGCGUACUCUUUUAGGACGCCCCGCAGCGAAGCGCCAUUGUGGCAUGGCGGCUCAAGAGAAGGAUACCGUAAUGUCGGCAGAAUCCGACAGACCUAACGGGCUUAUCAAUUCUUCGCUUUCCAGUGUGGAUAUCCAAGAUCAUCUAUUCUCCGAUGCAGCGGAGGUUGGUCCCAAUUGGCAGGAGGUGGGAACAAAAUUAGCUCCGCGUCCAACCAAAGAAGAACGUUUCAAAUCGAUGAUAGAGCCCCAUUUUUUUCUUUCAUCAAUCUUGUCUAAAGAUCAAGCAUUCGGGAGUGAUGUAGCUCAACUCCCUUCCCGUUGGGACGCGUCUCUUACAGAGCUUAUUGACAAUGACACUGCGGAGUCGCUUGAAAGGAGAAGCCGCUUGCUCUCGAAUGACUUUGCAUCGGUCAAUUCUGCAACCAAGCUGCUCUUCGCGUUGCUCUGCUUGACUGCUCUAGACAUUGACGACGCCUUGGCCAAAAGAUACCCCGCUUUGAAACCAAGUCUACGCCUUGCUGUGGCAUUCGUCGGCCAAGAAUUUAUAUUUUCGCCACCAACGCACCAUGACACAGUCGUGAGAAUUACAGAACGACUUGAAGAAAAUUCGGAACAAGGAGGUACACUUCCAUGUGAGUUGUAUAUUGUGGAUGGUGCCCAAUUCGAUUUUGGCUUUAAUCGAACGGUAGAGCGCUUACAGCUACUGCAUUAUGACACAUUCCUGGAUGGUUACCUUGCAAAAUCACCUCGCGCUUUACGACAAGCUCUUGCGAAGAUGACGCCCCUUGUUGAUGUGUACCAAAAUGUUUCGAAACAUCGGCAGUGCUCACCAAGAACUAUCUUCCACGUAAAUUGGGCCACGUCAGUCUGCAUUCUGUUGAAUGCUGUGGCAAAUUUGAAAGAAACAUGGAACAACCCCGGAUUUCUGUUUGGGGAAAUUGAAGAGGCCGAGAAGAGAUGUGUUGAGCAACUCAAAACAAGUGGCAUCUUAUUGGAGAAAUCAUGGGGCAUUUUUGAUUCGCAAGAGAUAGAGGCUGCUCACUCGAUCUUAGAGCUAAGGUUCAAUUCUAUUAUCGCUAGGAUAUGGGGUCUUGGGCUGUUGUAUGCCUCAGUCCUUAAAGUACGGUCUUUGGAGGGCGAACUGAAAUGGGAACACGAGAUUGAGAGCCAUGAAGCAAUUCAAAUUGGUGAUCAAGUCAGAGGAAGCAGAGAGGAUAUGAUCGCAGGCGCAGCAGAACCCUUUGCUAUGGCAUUGAGUCAGCUUGGAGCCAAGUUUCCUGAAAGGCUAAGGAACCUUUUGGAGAUCUUCAUCAGAUGCAUGGAUUUGAGGCUUGCCGGCACAAGCUUUCGUCCUCCACUUCAACACCUUGCUCUUGAGGUUCUCACACAUUGCAAAAAUAUUGUUGAAAACAAUCUUGUGCACUUGAAGAGUUUUGGACGAUUGAAUUCCGAGUUUGAGAAACAGUUGGAGUUGUUUACCAUAUGCGCACAGCGAUUUGAUUCUAUUGUUGCCGCGCCGUGGACAUCAACUGACGUGGCCUUUGCUAAUGGUUGCGUCUAUGCCGUGGGCAGUAAAAUAAUAUCGGGCUUUUGUGAGGUGAUGAAAACGGCGAAAGAAAACCACUCGAGGCGGAUUGUGAGGCAGGAGUGUCAGAACGGAGAGGAGAUACAGGCAGGAGUGGGCUUUUCGCCCAUGUACUCAGAUAUGAGUGAAGGCACUUUCUUUGCCUCGAAUACGUCAACAGAGGCAUGGAAUAUGUGGCCGUAUCUUGGAGGAUUUAACCCGCCUCCCAAUCCACUGGAACUUUAUGACUGGAUUGAAGGCCUGAACACUGAUGUUGAUCCUGGGAUUAUCCCAUUUCAAUAA